CAACCAUGUCGCUGCUCCAACCCAACCCACCUCCAUCUCGCGCCAUCGCCGUCAUCGCGCUGGCACUCUCAUUCACACUCUGCUCGUCGUCGCCGGCUAUCUUCCAGGUCACGGAGCACAACCCUCUCCUCACCACCGAGCGCAGGUUCCAUAUCUUCAUGCGCAAGUACGGCAAGAGCUACUCCACCCGGGAGGAGUACGCGCGCCGCCUCGGUAUCUUCGCGGGGAACCUGGUACGGGCCGCCGAGCACCAGGCCCUUGACCCCACGGCUGUCCACGGCGUCACCCCCUUCUCCGACCUCUCUCCCGAGGAGUUUGAGAUGCUCUACACCGGCGUCAGGGGUGGCGGAGGUAGCCUGGGGUCCUCCUCGAACGGCGUCGCCUCGGCAGUGGCGACGGAGGAGGAGGUGAAUGGAUUGCCGGAGAGCUUCGACUGGCGAGAGAAGGGGGCUGUCACUGAGGUCAAAAUGCAAGGUGUGUGUGGUUCAUGCUGGGCCUUCAGCACUACAGGAGCUGUCGAAGGAGCCAACUUCAUCGCCACCGGGAAGCUUCUCAAUCUUAGCGAGCAGCAGCUCGUCGACUGCGAUAGCACGUGCGAUUUGUCGGACAAGACGGCGUGCGACAGUGGCUGCCACGGAGGUCUUAUGACGAACGCAUACAGGUACUUGAUUGAGGCAGGUGGGCUGGAAGAGGAGAGCUCGUAUCCUUACACUGGGAAACGCGGGGAGUGCAAGUUUGAAUCGGAUAAGAUAGCCGUCCGGGUGGUGAAUUUUACCACCAUCCCCGUCGACGAGGACCAGAUAGCAGCGCAUUUGGUUAAGCAUGGUCCCCUUGCAGUGGGGCUGAACGCGGUCUUCAUGCAAACCUAUAUCGGGGGCGUCUCGUGCCCAAUCAUCUGCGGCAAGAGAUGGGUCAACCACGGGGUGCUCCUUGUCGGCUACGGGGCGAAGGGGUUCUCCAUCAUCAGGCUCGGCAACAGGCCGUAUUGGAUCAUAAAGAACUCGUGGGGGAAGCGCUGGGGAGAGCACGGGUACUACCGGCUUUGCCGCGGCCAGGGCAUGUGCGGGAUGAACACCAUGGUUUCUGCUGUUGUGACCCGAGCAUUCUAG